CUUAGAUUUUUUCUAGAGUUGAAUAUAAUUUCUUUUCUUCCUUAUGAUAAACUCUUAAACCCUUCUUGUGUUAAAAUUAAAACCAUUUAUUUCUGUAUAAUCUUGAUUAUAUAAUAUAUAAAUUAUGAUUUCUUGGGAUCCUUUGUUUUCGUGCAUUGUCACAUUUUGCAUCUUGAUUCUCUUCUACUUGCCGCAUCUUUUCUCGAAGAUAGUUCUCUCGCCGGUGAUUAUUCUCACUGCGGUUCUUCUUUUCACAAUCCUCCGUAUCGGUGCAAUUCAAAAGAUUCAGCAUGAACAAAAGGAAAAUCAACAGAAACAUGAUGAAUCUGUUAAAGAAGAAAACAGAGCAAGAAAAUGCAGAGAAGAAAAAGAGAAACAGAGAUUAGAAACUGAGGUGAAUUCUGAAAUGGGUUUGGAAAAAAGUCUGUGUUUUGUGGAAUGGAACGUGAGAGCGCCAUUGGAGGUGAUAUAUGAAGAGUACGACGAAGGUGAAGAAAAAUGGGAUGAUUCAAAUGAGAGAGAAGAGAAUUGGAAUAAGGGUGUUUCGAAUUAUGCUUCGUUGAAUCGUUACUUCCCGGAGUCAGAUUCGGAUAGCUCGUCGGAGAGUGGGUCUCCGACGAUAGAGGAAUGGGAUGAAGAAGACGGAGAAGGGUUGAUUGAGAUAGCUUUAGAUGGUAGGAAAGGGAUGAAGAUGGAUUUGGAGUUUCAGUGUGAGGAAGAGAAUCUGAUUGAGAUUGAUAUUUUUCCGACGAGGUACGGGGAAUUUUCCGGCGAUUCUUACCGGUGAGAUUAGGUGCGACUAAUGCGUGUUAUUAGUUGAAAUUUUUUUGAAUUUGGUGGUGAAAUAUUGUGUUUUUGGGUGCAAUGUAAUAAAAGGUUAAAAAUGGAAUUUUGAUAUUUUGACUUCUCCUAUUUGACAAUGAAGUUUGAAAUUAGAAAAUUAGGCAACUCGUAAAAGGAUAAUGAAGGGUUUUUGUAAUUCAUGAAGGGUUUGAUUGUGGGGUUUUUGAACUAGAUUGUGGGGGUAACGAUGUUAACUCUAAAAUAAGUUUAAACUUGCCU